AUGGAAUCCACGAUUCCUUCGAAGGAGAUUGAUGUCACUGAUGACGUCUCUCACGCAACUCGUACGCGAGUUAAAGCCGGAGAAUCACAAUUGUUUUCUCCUCUUAAGAAAUUCUCAAAAAAGGGUCAAAAGAAGUCUCAUGUGAGUAAAUCUAUAUCCAAAUCCCUUCAAAUCAAAGAUGAAACAAAAGAGGCGGAAUAUGUAUAUUCUAGCUCCUCGGGUGAUGAAUCCGAGUCCAAACCUCAUUCCGUGAAGUUGGCAUCACGGAAGUGGUCUGAUUACACCUCGUAUUCGGAGUCUGAAUCCGAAUCCAAAUCUCUCAAGUCAAAAGGAAUGGAAUAUGUAUAUUCCAACCCCUCAUAUGAGGAAUCCACAUCACGGAAGUGGGAUAAUUACAUCCCAACGUCGGAAUCAGAUAUUCCUGUGCCGGUUAUGAUGACCGAGGCAACAAGUUCCGAAGAUCAGGUGAAACAAAUGAAUGUCACCAUUGAUCAAUUGACAAAGUCCUUAGAAGAGAAGGACAAACAAAUUGCUGCACUCAUAAACCGAUUGGAUUCCUUAGGACCAAUCACGGAACCGAGCCGUGAAACCUUUGUUUCACGAGAAGGUAAAGCUCCAGAAAGUUCAAAUUCUCUUAAAGCUCAACAAAAGCAAGAAGAGCAAGAUCGCUUGACAGCACAAAAUGCUCUCCGCGAUUCGACCAACUUAUCUGUUGCUUCACUCUCUGUGAAUCAACUCCAAAACAUGAUCGUAGACACCAUCCGAGCUCAGUAUGGUGGAGCCCCACAAUCAUCUCUAGUGUAUGCAAAGCCAUAUAGUCGCCGGAUUGAUGAAAUCCGCAUGCCAUGGGGUUAUCAACCCCCUAAGUUCCAACAAUUUGAUGGGAAGGGCAACCCAAAGCAACAUGUUGCUCAUUUCAUCGAAACUUGCAAUAAUGCGGGUACAUUUGGUGAUUCCAUGGUGAAACAAUUCGUGCGUUCCCUAAAAGGAGCUGCAUUUGAAUGGUAUACUGACCUUCCAGCUGGUUUUAUUGAAGGUUGGGAUCAACUUGAGCGUGAGUUUCUAACUCGCUUUUAUAGCACCCGACGGACAGUUAGCCUCCCGGAACUCGCAAGAAUGAGGCAGAAUAAAGAAGAAGCUGUGGUCGAGUAUAUUGAACGUUGGAGGAACCUUGUCCUAAAUUGCAAGGAACGUAUAAGCGAAAGUUCCUCCAUCGAUAUGUGUGUUCAAGGAAUGCAUUGGGGGUUACUUUACAAUCUUCAAGCUAAUAUGCCACAUUCCUUCGAGGAACUUGCAACCCGAGCUCAUGACUUGGAAAUCCAAAUAGCAAGGCAUGGAAGCCAUUUGCCAAGUGACCCUCGAGAAUUAAAGAAAGAAGUGAAAAAGGAUUCAAAGCCUUCACGGACUAAAGAAUCCAUGGCUGUUACUACUGACCCAGUUAAGAUUUCUACACAGAAAUCUAAAUCUAAAUUCGAGUCCAAGACUCGUAAAGAUCAAACUCAAGUCAAGGAGCGACCAACCUUGAAACAAAUGCAAGAGAAGGAAUACCCAUUUGCGGAUUCCGAAGUGUCUGGGAUUCUAGACCAAUUACUUGAACAGAAGCUCAUAGAGCUUCCUACUUCAAAGCGGCCGGAAGAAAUUGGCCAAACUGAUAAUCCUAAGUACUGCAAGUAUCAUCGGAUCAUUGGUCAUCCGAUUGAGAAAUGUUUUGUCUUCAAAGACAUAAUCAUGCGGUUGAAUAGGGAAAACAAGAUCGAUCUCGAUCUUACUGACAAUGUUGAGGUCAAUUGCGGAAUGGUGGCUUUUGGGUCAUUUGACCCCAUUCCAAUAUCAAUGGAAGCUCAAACGAUGCCCUCGUCCAUAACUAACGAGGAAUCAUCAAAUAUAGAACUGACUGCUGAGCUUCCUGAAGGAGCUGUAAGAGUCCAGUUCAUUGUAGAUGGAGAAGCCACCACUGUCUAUGCAUAUCCCGGAAUGCCGAGGCCACAAGCUCCAAAUAGGCCAACGUUAUAUGAAAUCAUGACGGAUGAUCUGGAUGUGUGGGAUUCACCACCAGAAAUGUAUGAUUCAUCUUCUGAAAGUGAAGAUGAAGGUUGGAUAGAGGUGAAAAGUAAAAGACAAUACUCUUCACCAAUCCGGUCUCUUCCAAGUCCAAUACCUAUUCUCGGAAGGAGAGAAAAUAAAAAAUCUCGGUCUAAGAAUCGAUUAAGAAGAAAUCGAAGAAAGACACAUGUUGAGGUUGAGAAUGAAAGCACUCAUUCAACUCCCCGAAAGAAAGUAACUCUUAAGGAGUACUUUCCGAAAGAUUACUUUCUAGAUGAACAUAUGACAUCAUAUGUGAUCAGUGCAAUAGACUCUAAAGAGUCACAUGAAGAAAGAGAUGGUUCUAAGAUGGAAGCCUCAAGCAUUGAGAAGAAAGGAGUUGUUAUUUCACUCCAAGAAAUUCCCUCUGACAUGAACAUCUCGGAAGUCCUUGAACUCCCAAUAGAUACUCGUUUGGCGCUAGUUCAAACACUGCUCAAUCCGGAAGAAUACAAAGGGAAAAUAUUUUCCCAAAUAAGAAAAGUUAGUCCCGGUGAUUGUAUGGCAACAAUUACCUUUACGGACGAUGACUUACAGCUUGGGACGAGACUUCACAACAGGCCACUUUAUGUUAGUGGAAUUAUUCGAGAACACAAAAUAUCUCGAAUCCUCAUUGACUGUGGAUCUGCUGUAAAUAUUAUGCCGAUUCAUACAAUGAGAAAGAUUGGAAUCUCAGUGAAUGAGCUUUCUAAAAGCAAACUCACAAUCCAAGGUUUCAAUCAAAAAGGACAACGUGCCAUUGGCACAGUCCGGUUAAAGAUUGAGAUGGAUGAUUUGAUAUCAUCAGCUUUAUUUCAUGUAAUCGACUCCAAAACAUCCUAUGAAUUACUUUUGGGACGUGUUUGGUUACAUGAAAAUGGAGUAAUUCCUUCAACAUGGCACCAAUGCUUCAAGUACAGUCGAAAUGGCAAGGAAAAAUGCAUUGUAGCCGAAUCAAAGCCAUUCGCAAGUGAAGAAUCUCAUUUUGCGGAUGCAAAAUUUUACCAAAAGGAAGAUAUGCCCCAAGAAGCCCUUCCAGUGUUGAUUCCGGAAUCAAAAAAUGACGUAAAAGAUGACUCAAUUGAGGACAUCUUAUCAAGAACCUUUGUAAAGGAAUCAUCAAAAAUUGAGUUGUCAAAGAGAGAUGUUGACAUUCUCAAGGAAGACCUAAUCCUUCCGAUUCCUUCUAUUGGGAAAAUUGUGGACUUAAAUUCUAUACAAGAAAAUGCCGAGGAAGCUGAGCUUCCUAAAACUUUGGGAAACCACUCAAAUGGGUGGUUUGAUCCACGUGUAAAGAAGCUCAUGGAGAACGCUGGAUACGGAAAAGGGAAGCCAUGCAAACUUGGCGACCUUGAUUCCGUUCUGUCUAGUGGAAAAGCUCCGGUGAUAAAUAAACAAGGAAUAUCUAUUCCACAACCAAAACACGGAUUGGGACAUGAAUCUCGUGACUCACACCCUAUCCGAAUUAGAGCAAAGAAAGCAUCGGCCAAUCCAAUCAUGAUACAGAUUUUUGAGUAUAAUGAUGACAAGCCCGUAGAGCCUCUUGCUCAAAGCCAAAUACAAAAGCAAAAUACUCGAAUUUCAGUAUUUGAACGGAUUGGUGAUAAUCCGUCAACAUCAAACCAAAUGGAGUCUGUACAAAAAGUCUCUGUAUUUUCUAGGCUUGGGCCAAAAGUCCAGAAAGAGGAUCCGAAGAAACGAAGGAGACAAAGACGUCGUAGACGUAAUGCUCUAGCUAAAGAUAAAGGUAAAAACAAGGUGAUUGUUUCUGUCAAUCACAUCACAAUUGAGGAAGUGACUGAAAAAGAAUUCAGUUCCGACUCAUCUUCUGAUGAAGAACCCAUAUCGGCACCAUCUACCUUAGAAGAUGGGGGGCAAGCUACGGUUGAUGAACUCAAGGAGAUCAAUCUAGGAACUGAAGCUGAUCCAAGGCCAACAUUUGUAAGCGCACUUCUAAGUCCAGAAGAAGAAACAAAAUACAUCCAGCUUUUGCAAGAAUAUAUGGAUGUCUUUGCAUGGACUUACAAAGAAAUGCCAGGACUAGAUCCAAAGAUUGUUGUCCAUCACUUGUCUAUCAAACAUGGAGUACGUCCCAUAAAACAAGCUCAAAGACGAUUCCGACCGGAAUUAGUCCCGAAAAUUGAAAAUGAAGUCAAUAAACUUAUUGAAGCUGGAUUCAUUCGAGAAGUUAAAUACCCGACAUGGAUUGCCAAUAUUGUCCCAGUGAUGAAGAAAAAUGGGCAAUUACGGGUCUGUGUUGACUUCCGAGAUUUAAAUAAAGCAUGUCCAAAGGAUGAUUUUCCAUUGCCCAUCACGGAGCUAAUGGUUGAUGCAACUACCGGACACGAAGUGUUAUCCUUCAUGGAUGGUUCGUCUGGAUACAAUCAAAUUCGGAUGAACCCAAAGGAUGAGGAAUUCACUGCAUUCCGUACUCCAAAAGGAAUAUAUUGUUACAAAGUUAUGCCUUUUGGAUUGAAGAAUGCCGGAGCCACAUAUCAACGUGCCAUGCAGAAGAUCUUUGAUGAUAUAUUGCAUAAAAAGGUGGAAUGUUAUGUGGACGACUUAGUCGUAAAGACCAAAAACCGAAAAAAUCAUUUAGAUGAUUUACGGGUUAUCUUUGAAAGACUUCGUCAAUUUCAAUUAAAGAUGAAUCCUCUCAAGUGCGCCUUUGGUGUCACUUCUGGAAAAUUUCUUGGCUUCAUCGUAAGGCAUCGAGGUAUUGAAAUUGAUCGAACAAAAAUCGAUGCCAUUUUAAAAAUGCCAGAACCGACUAACUUACACGAGCUAAAAAGCUUGCAAGGGAAGCUCGCGUAUAUUAGAAGGUUUAUUUCAAACCUUGCUGGACGAUGCCACCCAUUCAAUAAGUUGAUGAAAAAAGACACUUCUUUUAAAUGGGAUGAUACUUGUCGGAAUGCCUUUAAUAAUAUCAAAGAGUACCUCCUACAUCCGCCUGUAUUAAAGGCACCAAUUCCAGGUAGACCAUUAAUCCUAUACAUUGCUGCCCAAGAGCGAUCAUUAGGAGCACUGCUUGGACAAGUGGAUGACGAGGGGAAGGAAAGCGCAUCAUACUACGUGAGUCGUACGUUGGUAGGCGCGGAGCUAAAUUAUUCACCAAUUGAAAAAGUGUGCCUAGCAUUAGUCUUUGCAACAAAAAAGCUAAGACAUUAUAUGCUUGCACAUGUUAUUCAUUUGAUCUCAAAGGCGGAUCCACUUAAAUUCAUCAUGUCAAGACCAGUCUUAUCUGGAAGAUUAGCAAAGUGGGCACUUCUUCUAUCAGAGUUUGAUAUUACUUUUGUACCUCAAAAGGCUAUAAAAGGACAAGCUUUAGCGGAUUUCCUAGCGGACCAUCCGAUUCCAGCAGAGUGGGAGCUUCCAGAAGAAUUCCCGGAUGAAGAAGUCUUUUUCACUGAUGUAAUACCAUCAUGGAAAUUAUUCUUUGAUGGUGCUGCACGAAAAUAUGGUGCAGGAGCUGGGGUAGUUUUUGUUACCCCUCAAAAUGAAGUCAUGCCUUUCUCCUUCACAUUGAUGGAGAUGUGUUCCAACAAUGUGGCGGAAUACCAAGCCUUGAUAAUUGGCUUGGAAAUGGCUUUAGAGAUGCAGCUCGGACAACUCGAAAUUUUCGGAGAUUCUAAGUUGGUUAUUAAUCAACUUUUAUUAAAAUAUGAAGUCCGGAAGAUCAAUUUAAUUCCUUACCAGAAGCAUGCGGCAAAGCUCUUGGAAAAAUUUGACAUGGUUAAUAUUAUUCAUGUCCCAAGGAAUGAAAAUCGACAAGCAGAUGCAUUGGCUAACUUAGCUAUUGUAUUGGCUAACUCCGAUAAAGAUAUCGCGAUUAUGUCCAUUUCUCAAAAAUGGGUAAUUCCAUCAUGGACACCUGAAGAUGAAACAGAAGUUCAUAAUAUCUCAGUUGAUACAACUGAAAAUGAGGAUUGGAGGCAACCAAUCAUUGACUUUCUUAAAUAUGGAAAGGUACCAAGUGAUCAUCGCCAUAAAACGGAAAUUCGGCGACGUGCCUCUAGAUUCAUAUACUACAAAGAUACGCUUUAUCGGCGUUCUUUUGAUGGUGUAUUUCUUCGAUGCCUAAGCAAAGAAGAAGCGAAUCAAGUAUUGGAAGAAGCUCAUUCCGGGAUAUGUGGUGCUCAUCAGUCCGGACCAAAACUUCACUUUCGGAUAAAAAGGAUGGGAUAUUAUUGGUCAACCAUGGUGAAAGAUUCCAUGGAAUAUGCUAAAAGAUGUGAAGCUUGUCAAGUUCAUGCGAACUUUAUACACCAACCACCGGAACCCUUACAUCCGACUGUUGCUUCAUGGCCUUUUGAUGCCUGGGGUUUGGAUGUUGUAGGACCCAUAACUCCAAAAUCGUCUGCUGGCCAUUUGUAUAUCUUGGCAGCUACAGAUUAUUUCUCAAGAUGGGCGGAAGCACUUCCAUUAAAAGAAUUUCAUUUUGUCCAACACAAUUCCUCCAUGUACAACGCAGCAGCAAAUGGACUUGCAGAAGCCUUUAACAAAACUCUCUGCACUUUGCUAAAGAAAGUUGUCUCCAAGUCAAAGAGGGAUUGGCAUGAAAGGGUAGGAGAAGCUUUGUGGGCCUACCGAAUAACUUAUCAAACACCAACACAAGCCACACCAUAUUCUUUGGUUUAUGGCGUUGAAGCAGUAAUACCACUGGAAUGUCAAAUUCCGUCUCUCAGGAUUGCUAUCCAAGAAGGCCUUACUACAGAGCAAAAUGCUCAAUUAAGGUUGGAAGAACUUGAGUCCUUAGACGAAAGAAGAUUGGAAGCUCAAAAGCGACUGGAAUGCUAUCAAGCUCGUAUGUCCAGAGCUUUCAAUAAAAAAGUACGUCCUCGAUCAUUUCAAAUAGGAGACUUGGUCUUAGCUAUAAGGAGGCCGAUUGUGAUCACUCGAUGGACUGGGGGCAAAUUCCUACGCAAAUGGGAUGGACCAUAUGUAGUCACGGAAGCCUACACAAAUGGUGCUUAUAAAAUUAUCGACAAGGACGGUCUACGGAUCGGACCUAUCAAUGGAAAAUUCUUGAAGCGUUUUUACGCUUAG